GAUCGACCUCAUAUGGAUCCGAACACGAGAUUGCUUACGCCAGAGUUCGAAAAUGGUCUAAAGGAAUUCAUGGGGAAAGCUCUCAACCAACCGGAAGCUAAAUCAGGUAUGUUAAGAUGUCCUUGUUCUACUUGUAAAAAUAGGAAGGUUAUAAAACAGUUAGAUGUUUGGACUCAUCUAUAUACUCGAGGGUUUACACGGAGUUACAAAAUUUGGUAUCAUCAUGGGGAAACUGAUUAUGAAUAUGGUAGUACUAGCGAACCUCAACCUGCGGUUAGGUUAGAAGAACCAAUUAGAAUGGACGUAGAUUAUGGUGUAGGUACUGAGCAGAUGGUAAAUGAUCAUUUUAGAGGGGAAGAUUUACCCAAUACACAAGCUAGGAGAUUUUAUGAUAUGUUGGAUGCUGGAAAGCAACCUUUGUACGAAGGUUGCAGAGAUGGUCAUUCAGCUUUAUCAUCUGCAACAAGACUGAUGAGCAUUAAAUCCGAUUAUAAUUUGGCUGAAGACUGUGUGGAUGCGAUUGCUGAUUUUGUAAAAGGUGUUCUACCUGAGGAUAAUGUUGCUCCUGGUUCAUACUACGAGGUUCAGAAACUGGUAGCUGGUCUUGGUUUAUCGUACCAGGUAAUAGAUGUAUGCAGGGAUAACUGCAUGAUUUAUUGGAGGGCGGAUGAGCAGCUGGAUGCAUGCAAAUUUUGUGGAAAGGCUCGUUAUAAAGAUACGGGUGGAAGAGUUCCAGUGCCAUAUAAAAGGAUGUGGUAUUUGCCAUUGACGGAAAGGUUGCAGAGGUUGUAUCUGUCCGAACGCACAGCGCAACCAAUGAGAUGGCAUGCGGAGCAUUCAACGGAUGGUGAGAUUAGACAUCCUUCAGAUGCAAAAGCUUGGAAGCAUUUUCAAUCGACCUAUCCAGAAUUUGCGUAUGAAAGAAGAAAUGUCUACCUUGGAUUAUGUACGGAUGGUUUCAGCCCAUUUGGGAAGCAUGGGAGACAAUAUUCUCUAUGGCCAGUCAUUCUCACACCAUACAACUUACCGCCAAACUUGUGCUUGCGUCGAGAGUUUUUGUUUCUCUCCAUUCUUGUUCCCGGACCAGAGCAUCCUAGGAGAUCACUUGAUGUAUUUCUACAGCCACUAAUAUAUGAGUUGCAACAGCUAUGGGGUCAAGGUGCUGAAACGUACGAUGUUUCAU